GUAAAAUGGUACACUUUUUCCUUUUCCAUAUUCCAACUUUGUGUGGCUACUGAAAUCAAGACUUAAAUAAUUGUACCUAUCAAGAAACUUGCUCAAUUUUCCACCACUCAACAUUAACUAAAUAUCAAACUUACACAUCUCUAGGUUCAUUCAAACGCACCUAACUUUCUCUUGUUAAAUUUUGCCUACUUCUUGAAAAGUAAAAAAGAAAAUCAACACCAGAGCUAGCCCAGAGAGGUUCAUCAUGAAAAAUUAUACUAUUUAUGCACGAUUGAAAUUAUAAUUUUCCGUAUAUAAACCGUACGUCAAACAACUUUUGACUACUUUGUGUGUUUUCUUCUUUAUAUUUUGAACCCUGUGAAAAUUUUGAUUCCGUCACGGUGACAACAACCAUGUCAAGCUCUGAAAAUGGUGUGCAUAUCUUAAUAUUUCCAUUUCCAGCACAAGGUCACAUGCUUCCUCUUCUUGAUUUCACUCAUCAACUUCUUCUUCAUGGCUUUAAAAUCACCAUUUUAGUGACACCAAAAAAUGUGCCAAUUCUUGAUCCUCUUCUUUCCACUCAUCCGCAUGUUAACACUCUCGUCUUUCCAUUUCCUGGCCACCCAUCACUUCCAGCCGGUGUUGAAAAUGUUAAAGAUGUUGGCAAUUCUGGCAAUGCACCAAUCAUUGGUGGGCUUAGUAAGCUUUAUAGCCCAAUAGUAGAAUGGUUUAAGGCCCAAUCGAAUCGUCCGGUGGCUAUUGUUUAUGAUUUUUUCUUGGGCUGGACUCAUGAUUUGGCCCAAGAAGUUGGUGUACCCGGGAUUGUUUUUUACAUUACAGGGGCUGGUUUGGUUUCCAUUCUUGAUGAUCUUUGGAAGAAUUUUGAGGCUUAUAAAGGUUUGGGCCUUGUUGAGUUUAAUGGGCUUCCUAGAAGCCCAAGAUUUAUGAGAGAGCAUCUUCCUUCAGUGUUUUUGAAGUUUAAAGAGGAUGAUCCAACUUGGGAAAUUGUUAGGAAUGGGUUUAUUGCAAAUGGUAGGAGUUUUAUGUCAAUUUUCAAUACUUUUGAGGCUUUGGAGAAUGAGUUUUUGGGCUUUUUGAAGAAGGAAAUGGGCCAUGAUCGCGUGUAUUCGGUUGGGCCAAUUAAUUUGGUUGGUGGGCCUGGUAGAAUUGGGAAGUCCAAUAUGGAUGAGAGAGUCUUCACUUGGCUUGAUGAUUGUCCUGAUGGGUCCGUUCUUUAUGUAGCUUUUGGAAGUCAAAAGUUGCUCACUAAGGCCCAAAUGGAGGCCUUAACUACUGGGCUUGAGAAAAGUGGAGUGAGGUUCAUUUUGGUAACUAAACAGUUGUCAGCCCAACAAGAGGAUCAAGGUUUUGGAUCAGUGCCAAAAGGGUUUGACCAGAGAGUCUCAGGAAGAGGCCUAGUAAUAAAGGGUUGGGCCCCACAGGUGGAGAUAUUGGGGCAUCAAGCCGUUGGUGGGUUUUUGAGUCAUUGUGGAUGGAAUUCAGUGAUGGAAGGGAUAGUGGCAGGAGUACUAAUUUUGGGCUGGCCCAUGGAGGCUGACCAAUUCAUUAACGCAUGGUGGUUGGUGGACAAUAUGAAGACAUCAGUCCGAGUUUGUGAAGGUUCAAACUCGGUGCCCGACCCGAUAGAGUUGGGCUUGAGAAUUAGUGAGGCAAUGAGUAAUAAUUUGUUUAAGGAGAGGGCCCAAAAAAUGAGAGAUGAAGCAUUUGAAGCUAUUAAAAUUGGAGGGAGCUCUAAAAGGGAUUUAGAUUGGAUUGUAAGAGAGCUUACCCAACUAAAAGGUUGAAAAUUCAUGCAAAUGGGCCAUACAAUUUUAUGUUGGGCUAACUUUUGAUGAAUUUGGUUGGGCCUAAGAUGGACACCUAAUAGGGCCACUAAAUAUGCAGUCUUUAACUUCAAUAUAAAUGUAUUGUAUGUGGUGAUGACCAUGUGAGAAAGGAAAUUGAGGCAAGUUGACCUUGUCUAUCUUAUUUGAUAUUAGUUCCCAAGAUGUUUCAUCAUUUUCUUACAAAUAAAUGCUAUUUCUCUUGAUGUGUUAAAA